AUGCCUGCGACGUUUGGGUCGACUGGAUCGAGCGAACCAAGAGCAAAUACAAUGGCCAUUAUACAGUCCUGUUGUUGCUGGAGGAGCCUUCGUUGCGGUUGCUACGCAUCGGCGUUUUAUACGAUGGCUUACUUCGCCGUAACCAUCGUAAUCAUGGGACAUUUCAUAGAAGUUGAAGAACGUUACCUUAGUGGCAAAAUGAAAGAACCAGAAUCAGAAAGUUUUCUGGAACCUGAUAAAAUCACUUCAAUUACCGUUUCUUUAAACAUCACUCUACUUGCAUGUAGUUCUUUCGGAUUCGUUGCUUGUGUACUCCUAAUCAUAGGUGUCUACAAGGAUAUUAAAUUAUGUUUGCUGCCGUGGAUCGUCGCAAUGGUACUUGAAACUCUUGUCGAAGUUAUCAAUGUCGUCUAUCUGUUUUAUUUGCAGACUAUUUAUGCUAUGAUUUGCGUAAUAUCACAGUUUCAAGAGUACUUAGAAGGUCGUGGUACCGCUGCUUUUGAUAACAGGGACAGGCUCGCCGCAGUGCAAUACACUGUUACUGCACAGCAUACCACCACCACCAGCUCAGCCCCGAGUGGUCGCCGUCGAUCCGCCGGAAAGCCCAUGCAGAGUCGUUAUGAUCCCGAGGAGAUCUCACAGGCCCCAGCACAGGCUAUUUCUUCCGCACUUUCAAAAAUUUCACGCCCUGCGUUAAAAAAACACGUACAGUUUCCGGAUGAACACAGUUGCAUCGAAGAGGCCACUGAAAGAAAAUCUGAAGCCCGCGUGAUUAGUUCUUUGUGGAUGGAGUUGGAGUCUGAAGCACCGGCUCCGGAGCGCUGA